UUUAUUUUGAAAAGCAUUAGUGAAGUAACCGGACUAGCUGUUUUCCUGUUUCCCCAACAGCAGCACACACUCAUCACUUCUAAACACUUUAUUCAUUCACAUCCAAAGUUCUAACCAUGAUGCAAUUCAUCCUUGGCUUCACUUUGGGGAAUGUGGUUGGGAUGUACCUCGCUCAAAACUAUGAGGUUCCAAACAUCGGCAAGAAAAUCGAGGCCUUCAAAAAGGACGUGGAGGCAAAGAAAAAGCCUCCAGAGUGAAGAGCCCAUGUGAUGAAUCUCAGAUCUAUUUAUUCUAAAAAAUACACAAUGACAUCUUUUAUGGGAAUAAAAAAAUCACACAUGCGUUAAAGAAUCCCAGCUGUUCAAUUAGCAGUGUCUCAAACUAUUUCUUUUUUUAAAUAUAUACCUGUAUUUACUAUUGUUUACUAGAGUGCUGGAUGUGAUUUUGGAUAUUUGUUACAUUUUCAUGCACACUUAUGGAUCCGUUCAACGUCCAACUGGGGUCCAAAUAAUCCUGUUUUCCGUUUUUAGUUUUCAUUUGUGUGUAUAAAGUGCUCUUUAUAAACCCAGUACAAGGUUUAAAAAGUUAUUUUAACGCUAGAAGAAGUGGAACCCAAAAGGCUUUGCACACAGACUGAUCCUGAACUCGGGUAGUUCAUCUUAGCUUUAUAAAAUAUUUUACAAAGCACUUCUGGAUGAGAGUGAGUACAAUAAGCAGUGUUAUUAAUUCACUGAUUCGUGCAAACUAGGAAAUUGUAAUCGAUGUUGUGAUUGAUGAUUGAAGAAUAAAAGAAGUUCUGGGGAUUA